GAGCGAGACAGCGGGUAAUCUCAGGGUAAAGGACCACUCCAGCCCUGCGCGGUUGAUAUUAACAGCUGUAGGCUAUAUUUUCCAUGCCGGUGGGGUCGAAUGAGUGGGUGGAUGUCUGGACAGAACACAGGAAUUGAUCUCUUGAUUGGGUGGCUGAGCUGCGUUUGGGACUCCGGAGAAACGGGGUCACGUUGAGAAUAGCAGCCAACUCAAUGGAUUUCAUACGCGCAGAAUGAACCGCCAAAAGGGAAAGAUGGGACACCGACACGCCGGCGACUUUAUUGGGGUUUUGUGGAAUCGACGCAGCGGCACUAUGGAGAAUUUAUUCUAUCUGAGCGGCUCAGAAAGCCUUCGUGUCUUCACAGAGAUGAAGUUAUGUGAGCUGAGUUUACAGUAGAAUGGCCCUCCUCGGAUGGGACUCUGAGGGAAGGCGAUGGCAACUUUUCACCACAGCAACCCAACGGAUAGAGACAUCAGGAGAGUCCUCCAAAAACUUAUAAUCAUUCUAUCUUUGGGAAUCAUCUGUGUCUCGCUCUUCUACUUCUUCACGGGAUGCUGCGAGUCGGACCUAACGGAAAACUCAGUAUCGGACAGACCCGCCAGCGAUGACAGAAACCUGACUCUCUAUAACUACGUUGUAACGGUACAGGAUGAAGAUGGAUACCCAGGGCCCGGGGAGGGGAGCACACUGACGCCCGGUUUGGAGACUGAUAACACGGGUAAAGAUUGGAAGGCGACCCGGCGGUUACCCCAAGCCCUUAUUAUAGGAGUGAAGAAGGGUGGCACGAGGGCUUUGCUGGAGUUUCUCAGGCUGCACCCGGACAUCCGCGCGUUGGGCUCUGAGUCGCACUUCUUUGACCGGCAUUACGCACGAGGCUUGCACUGGUACAGGAGUAUGAUGCCCAAGGCCUUGGACGGCCAGGUUGUCAUGGAGAAGACACCGCGUUACUUUGUUACCGUGGAGACCCCGGGGCGUGUACACUCCAUGUCACGUGACGUGAAGCUGAUUGUGGUGGUCCGAGACCCUGUGACCCGGGCCAUCUCUGACUACACCCAGAUCAUCUCCAAGACCCCCCACAUCCCUGCCUUCGAGACCCUCGCCUUCAAGAACCGCACCAAUGGUGAGAUUGACUCUCUAUGGAGCCCUCUGUGGAUCGGACUGUACGCCCAACACCUGGAGCGCUGGCUGGCCUGGUUCCCCCGGGCCCAGAUCCACCUGGUCAGUGGGGAGGGCCUCAUCUCCGACCCGGCAGGAGAACUAGGAAAGGUCCAGGACUUCCUGGGCCUCCAGAGGAUUGUGACGGACAAGCACUUCUACUUCAAUAAGACUAAAGGUUUCCCCUGCCUGAAGAAGCCGGAGGGAAGCAGCAAGCCCCACUGCCUGGGGAAGACUAAAGGCCGAACACACGCCCCCAUCGACCCUGAAGUGAUCCGGAGACUGAGGGAGUUCUACAGGCCGCACAACCAGCGGUUCUAUCAGAUGGCUGGCCAGGACUUUGGAUGGCAAUGAGGACUCAGCAGAGUUAACAAGGUGAAACAUGAAUCCAUAGCAACAAAGACACCGAGGGGUGUUUGUCCGUCGGCUUCAGUUGGCACUCUGUACCUGUUACUGUGACUUGGGGCAAAGAGUAAUGAAAUAACCUCAUACUGUUGAUACAGAAGUGGCUCUGUGCUAGGAACUAAAUCCAAUGUUGAUAGACCUCUGGGUAGCGAGGGAAACAAAUAUCAGACAUUCCAUAUUGGUGACAGUGUGCUGAGACCAUCUCUAUGCUAGUUCCCUUUCAGCAUCUAAUAGAUGUUCAACAAAAAGAAAGUGGCACUUGAAGCUGGAAUCUUUAGUUGCUACAUCCAUUUUUGGAGUUGUAAAUGAAUGAUAUAUACCCAUUGAGUCUUGAAGAAUAAAACGU